AAUGGCGUGGCAGCGCUUUGGUCACGUGGGGGGCGGAGCUGCUUAAACCCCCGGGGCGUGGCGGGCGCGCCUGCAUUCGGGGCCCGCUCGGCGCCGCUCGGGUUUUUACGUCACCGCAGGGGCCGGGCCCCGCCCUAUGACGUCACGGCCGCCCCCGCCCCCCCACGCAUGGCGGCGGAGGAGGGGAAGUUGUUCGUGGGGGGCCUCAACUACGACACGGACGAGCAGGGCCUGGAGCAGCACUUCAGCUCCUUCGGGCCCAUCUCCGAGGUGGUGGUGGUGAAGGACAGGGAGACGCAGCGCUCGCGAGGUUUCGGCUUCGUCACCUUCGCCAACCCCGAGCACGCCAGCGACGCCAUGCAGGCCAUGAACGGGGAGUGCCUGGACGGGCGGCAGAUCCGCGUUGACCACGCCGGGAAAUCGCCCCGGGGGGCCCGGGGGGGCUACGGGGGCAACCGGGGCCGGGGCCGGGGCUACGGCAGAGGAGGAGGCGACCGAGGCUACGGGGGGCGCUACGAGGGGCGCAGCGGGGGCGGCUACGGCGGGAACCGCGACUACGGCGGGCGGCAGGGCGGGUACGGCGAGCGCUUCCCCUCGGCCUCGUACCGGGACAACUACGACAACUGAGGUAGGGGGGGGAAUGGGGGGGGCCAGACCCAGGGGGACCCCAAAACUGAGACCCUAAAACUGACUGAGAGACCAACAUUGACUGAGAGACCCCAAAACUGAGACCCCAGAACUGAGAGACCCCAAAACUGAGGCCUCAAAAGUGACUGAGAUACCCCAACAUUGACUGAGAGACCCCAAAACUGAGACCCCAAAACUGAGACCCCAAAAC